AUGCGAUGCUACGAGGCCAUCAACCACGACUUGUCCUCAGAUGCGCUCUUCGAGCAGCUUCGAAGAGCCGGCGAAGGCGAAGACACUGCAGAGGAUGGCACCAUCUCAUUGGCCUCCUUCCGGACUUUUCUGUUGAACAGCGUGAGGAUGGGAGAGGCAGAACUGGAGCUGGCUCUGCAGGGCUUUGAGGCCAACCUGACUCGCUUUGCUCUACUUGAUUUAGUAGAGGAAUACAGAACGUGCGUCAAAGAAGUUGCAGUGACCCCCGCUUUGGAGGUCAAGGGAAGUACUGCAAUGAGGAAGCUCGAGCUCGAAGAAACUGUGGAGGUACUUGGCCAACACAGUACGGAAGAGGCCGCCGGGCUCCUCAGAUCACGAUGUCGAGCUCUACGAGAUAAUCUCGAGGGCUGGGUGACUCUGAACGGGAACCAGGGCACGGCCUUCCUCAAGAGGGUUAGCAAGCCCUACUACUUCUGCAAGGCAGAAACUCCCCUGAUGGAGUCCUGCGCCUCGACAGGAAAGCCUCUGGGAACUGCACGCCACGGCGAGCUCCUCGAGGUGCUCGAAGGGCCAAGGUUCGAGAAGACCGCGGAGGUGAGCAAAGCAAAGGGCAAAGCCAAGAAGGAUGACAAAGUCGGCUCGGUGUUGUUCAAAGAUGAAUCUGGCAAGUGCUUCUUCGAAUUGCUAGACGUGUUGCUCUGCAAAGGGUGCGUGGCCCUCACGGACAACUUCGAUAUAGGUGCUUGCAAGGCCAUCCGAAAGCUGGAGGUAGGAGAAAGGCUCCAGGCUCUCGAGGAGCCAAGGGAGGACGCGAAGCGACACCUCGUUAGGAUGAAGGUGAAAGCCCUCUCCGACGGCAAAGAAGGUUGGGCCACGUCACAAGGUAAUCAAGGAACCAUGUACGUGGCGGCGAACAACCGUCACUACACUUGCAUCCACAGCGUCGACUUGGAGACCACCUCGGGCCAGGUCAGGAGACUCGAGCCUGGUGAGCACUUCGAGCUGCUCCAAGACCCGACGACCGAAUCGAGACAAGGCAAGCUUUUUGCGAGGGGGCGCUGCCUUUCCAGCUCCGCUCAAGUAGGCGAGGGCUGGUUUGCAGUCGACGAAGCUGUACAGCCUUGGAUACACCGCCAAAAGUGUGCCAAAGAUGCCACUCUGCGGACAUCCAUGGAUGCAGAUGCAGAGGUGGUGCGUGAGCUAGCUGAGGGCGAGGAUGUUGAGAUUUGUCAGGCUCCAGAGCCCUCCGCAAGCUCAGCAGGCGGCGCGUUGAUGGUUCGUGUUCGAGCGAAGAAAGCCGAUGGCGUGGCAGGCUUUCUGCCCUUGUUCGGAGAGGACGGCCAGGCGCUACUCGUCUGA